AUGCGUCGAUUUAAUCCUAAAUGGUUUGAUGAUGAAUAUCAUGAUUGGUUGGAGUACAGUGUAAGUAAAGAUGCAGCCUAUUGUUUGUAUUGUUAUCUAUUUAAAGAUAAUAAUAUUCAUCAAGGUGGAGGUGAUGUAUUUUCUAGUAUAGGGUUUAAGAGUUGGCAUAAAAAGAAAAGUUUUGAUAAACAUGGAUUGAGUAGCAUUCACAAUGAGUCAAAAAAGAAAUGCCAAGAUUUGCGGCAACAACGGUCUAUUCAAUCUUCAUUUGAGAGGCAAUCUAAUCAACUUAAGUAUGAGUAUUGGAUUCGCUUAACUGCUUCAGUUAAUGUAGUAAGGCUUCUUAUAACUCAAGGAUUAGCAUUUCGAGGUCAUGAUGAAUCUAAGUCUUCACUUAGUAGGGGUAAUUUUCUUCAAACUCUCUCAUGGUAUGCAAAAGUAUGUGAUAACAUUCGUGAUUAUGUACUGGAACAUGCUCCUCAAAAUGAUCAAAUGUCUUCUCCAAUAAUUCAGAAAGACAUUGUAACUGCAUGUAAGAUAGAAACAACUAAAGCUAUAAUUGAGGAACUAAAUGGUGAUUACUUUGCCUUGCUAGUUGAUGAAUCUUUUGAUAUGUCCCGCAAAGAGCAAAUGGCGAUUGUCUUACGUUAUGUUGAUAGAAUGGGAUUUGUGAUGGAGCGACUUAUUGAUGUAGUUCAUGUUCAAAAUACUUGUGCUUCAUCUUUGAAGAGUGCAAUUGUUAAUUUACUUGAUCAACACUCCUUAAGUUUAUCAUAUGUGCGUGGACAAUGUUAUGAUAGGGCAAGCAAUAUGCAAGGUGAGAUUAAUGGUCUUAAAAUGUUGAUUAAGAGAGAAAGUAGAUCGGCUCAUUCCAUUCAUUGUUUUGCUCAUCAACUCCAACUUACCCUUGUUGCGGUUUCUAAGAAAUGUCUUCAAGUGGGGGAACUUGUAGUAUUGGUUUCCAAUAUUUUGAAUAUAUUAGGAUCUUCGUUUAAGCGUAUGGAUGAAUUUCGAGAAUCUCAAAAAGAAAGAAUUCAAGAGGCAUUAGAUAUGGGUGAGCUUACAACCGGUAGGGGCUUGAAUCAAGAAUUUGGUCUUUCAAGAGCAUGUGAUACUCGUUGGGGAUCUCACUUUAAAUCUUUUAAUAAUUUUAUUCUGAUGUUUGGCUCUAUUCUCGAUGUUCUUGAAUCGCUUGUUCUUGAUGCACAUUCUACAGAUGAAAGAGCCAAGGCAAUGGGAUAUCUCAGGGCUUGUCAAACAUUUGAGUUUGAUGAGCUAUAUGUUAGUUCUUUAAGAUCACGCCGUAAACCUGAUGAUUGUACAGUCUUACAUCAUUAUCGGGUUGAUGUAUUUUGCAAAAUUAUAUAUUGGCAAAUUCAAGAACUUAAUGAACGUUUUGACGAAGUGACAACUCAGUUGCUUCAUGGAAUUGCUUGUUUGAAUCCAAUUAACUCAUUUUCAAGUUUUGACAUCAGAAAAAUAAUGAGAAUGGCUGAGUUAUAUCCUGAUGACCUUGAUGAAUUUAGUAUGGGUGCUCUUGAGAAUCAGCUUGCAUGUUAUAUUAUUGAUGUUCGUGAUGUUGAUGAAAGAUUCUCCGAUCUACAUGGGCUUUGUGAUCUUUCAAAAAGAUUAUUUUAG